GAUUUUUCUGCAACGUACGUUGGUGUCGGGAUGAUCUGCCACUACAUCGUUAACAUAUCGGUGCUUCUUGGGGGAAUACUGUCUUGGGGCUUGAUGUGGCCUCUUAUUGGGAAAAAAGCGGGUGACUGGUAUUCCGCUCACCUGAAACCGGGCGACACGCACGGCCUACAAGGUUACAAGGUAUUCAUAUACAUCGCCAUGAUCCUCGGCGAUGGCCUCUACAACUUCUGUAAAGUGUUCAGGCGGACUCUCUUGGGUUUGUAUCAUCAAGUCAGGGGAAAAAACAAUCUACCGAGGGUCGUGAACGGUUCUGCCCCCGAGUCCCCUCAACUCUCCUUUGAUGACCAACGUCGAACGAGCGUCUUCCUCAAGGACCAAAUCCCCACGAGUUUCGCCAUCGGAGGCUGCAUCGUGAUCGCGAUAAUCUCUAUCAUAUCUCUCCCUCACAUAUUCCACCAGCUCAAGUGGUACCACAUAUUGAUCAUGUACCUUGCGGCCCCCGCCUUGUCCUUCUGCAAUGCGUAUGGGUGCGGGCUCACAGACUGGUCCCCGUAUUGGUCUCUAUCAUAUCUCUGCCUCACGUCUCACGGCGGGGUUCUCGCCGGCCUUGCCGCUUGCGGGGUCAUGAUGAACAUCGUCUCCACAGCAGCCGAUCUAACUCAGGACUUCAAGACUGGGUGUCUGACCCUAGCUUCCCCUCGGUCCAUGUUUGUGAGCCAGGUGAUCGGAACCGCAAUGGGAUGUGUUGUAUCUCCAUGUGUCUUCUGGCUGUUCUACAAGGCAUUCAAGGACCUAGGUCUUCCUACUAGUGUGUACCCUGCCCCUUAUGCCGACAUCUACCGAAGCAUGGCUCUAUUGGGAGUGGAGGGAUUUUCGUCAUUGCCCAAACACUGCCUCAUUCUCUGCUAUGGAUUCUUCGCUGCCUCAAUAGUCAUGAACGUGAUCAGGGACUCAGUCCCCAAGAAGUACUCCAUGUUCAUCCUGCUCCCGAUGGCCACGGCGAUACCCUUUUACCUAGGAUCGUAUUUCGCUAUUGACAUGUGCGUUGGGAGCUUGAUUUUGUACUCGUGGGAGAGGAGCGACAGGGCCAAGGCCGAUGCGUUUGUAUCGGGACUGAUUUGUGGGGAUGGGAUAUGGGCUCUGCCGACCUCCAUACUCGCCCUCACAGGCGUGAAGCCGCCCAUUUGCAUGAAGUUCUUGUCCAGGGUGGUGAACAACAGAGUUGACGAGUUCCUGAACCCCUCAUGAAUCAGAGGGUGAAAGAUGCGUUUAUGGAAAUUGUAGCAAACAAUGUUGUAUAUGAAUGUUCCAUUCCAACGUUGUAUAUGAAUGUUCCAGUUUACUUUAUUUUCUCAAUGUAGUUGGACGGAAUUUUAGAAUCUCGAAAGUCUGGUUCUGGAUUGAAG